AUGAAGCCUAUCAGGCAAGAACAUCAGAUCACAGGAUGGGAGAUUGCAGGAAAAGAAGAUGUGCUUCAAGGACAUGGACCUAGACAAAUGAUCAUUUCGAAAGAUGGUGAAAAGGUUGAUUCGGUAGCUUUCAUCAGACUAUCCGAAGAUGGUUCGCUCACGAUGCCUAAGAUCCUUCGACCUGGUAAAGGAAGAGAGAACCGAGGUGUAGGCUUGAUAGAUGACUGCUUCUUGGUAGCUGGACAAGAGGACGGUGGAUUACAUGCUUCCAGCGGGACUCGGAAAAGGAUCAAUGGGUGGAAAGAUUGUUCGAGGAGCAGGUCAAGUUGGCCUAAAGUAGUAAAUAUCAAAGCUGUGCGAUGA